GCAGUCCCGACUGCGGCGUAUUACUAGUCUGUGCCCUGUGGUACAAAUUUGUCGUUCUCUAUGUGUACAAAACAAGUAUAGAGAAAAUUGUGAUUAACUUCGCAUAUUUUAAAAAUUAUUUUCUUUAAACAAUUUGAAUGCUAAAAGCCCACAUUUAUUAUUAACUAUGAAUAAUUAUACAGUAGCAUAAGUGCAAUCAUCAUAGUUUUAUUUGCUAUGUGAACAGUGUAUAUAGGUGUUAAUGUAAAAUAAAGCUUGUUUUAGUUGACCUACAAGUGUAGUUGGAUUCCUUUGCAUUUUAUGAAGUGAAUCACGGAGAUCUUCAAACAUCUGAUUUAUCACAUCCGGGUUGCCGGCAUUAUCGGUGACGCGAUAAACAAUACGAUUGUUAUGGAGUUUGCGUGAUACCAGUCGCCAUGUGGAAGUACGCUCUGCUGGUGAUGCUAGCCAGCGCUCAUGGGCUCCUCGAGGGACCCAAUGUGUGUACCAGACAGGAACAAUACGUGACAACUAUACGAGUGUCAGAACAACAACCAUACCAAGUGAAGGAAUACGCGUGGUGUCUCAACGUGCCACCAAGAUGUACGAAAUACAAAGUGAUGUUCCGCCAAGUGUAUAAAACCCAAACCCUGGUCAAACAUAGACCGGUAGAGGAAUGCUGUAAGGGCUAUGCGCCUGAUGUUCACGGGAAGCAGUGUGUGCCUGUGUGCGUGGACUCGUGUGUACACGGGAAGUGCGUCGCGCCUGACACAUGUCUGUGUGAGCAUGGAUACGGGGGUCCCGCUUGUGAUAUAUCCUGUCCAGAUGGCAAAUGGGGAAGACAUUGCCAGAACGAUUGUCGCUGUUUGAACGGCGGCACCUGUGAGCCCUUGACCGGCAAUUGCGCGUGCGCAAUGGGAUGGCGUGGGGACGCAUGUGAGAAGACCUGCGCACCGCCAACCUUUGGCGACAAUUGCCAACAGACUUGCCAAUGCAGGAAUAAUGCAUCGUGUGACCCGGCGAGUGGCGCUUGCAAAUGUUUGAAUAGAUUUGUUGGACCACUUUGCGAAGAGGAAUGCCCCAAAGAUGGCCCAUGCCCCGAGCGGUGUAAGUGCCAAAAUGGGGGCAGAUGUGACAUCCUGACGGGAGAAUGCGAGUGUCCUGCUGGAUGGACCGGCGAUGUUUGUGCCAACAGAUGCCCAACGGGAAGAUGGGGAGAGAAAUGCCAGAAAACCUGCAGUUGUGCUAAUGGAGCUGGAUGCCAUCAUGUCACGGGACAGUGCCAGUGUGAGGCCGGCUUUACGGGCGAUAAGUGCCUAGAAGCGUGUUCGCUCGGCACGUACGGCGUGGACUGUGCGGGCACGUGCACGUGUCAGCACGGGGGUGAAUGUUCGCCCCGGGACGGCUCGUGCACGUGCAAGCCCGGCUGGAGGGGCGACUGGUGCGAGAGGCGCGCCUGCCCUGACGGUCUUUGGGGCUCACGCUGCGACCACCAGUGCGAGUGCAACCCACACACCACUGAUAUGUGUGACCCGUGGACCGGUGCCUGCGAAUGCGCAGCCGGUUGGGACGGUGAAGCUUGUUCGAGACAAUGUCCGUUCUAUAUGUACGGCAAAGGAUGCCGCUCUAAUUGCAGAUGCGAGAAUGGCGCCCUCUGUUCGCCUAUUAAUGGCUCCUGUCUUUGUCCGCCUGGUUACCGUGGCGUGCACUGUGGCGAAGCCUGUCCAUACCCACUGUACGGCGACAACUGUGCGGACACUUGCCAGUGUAUGAACAACGCUACUUGUUCCCACGAAACGGGACAGUGUAACUGCCCACCCGGAUUUGAUGGACUGAAAUGUGAUAGACCGUGUGAUGGAAAAACCUUCGGUCUUGGUUGUCGUCAGCGCUGUGAAUGCGACAACGAUGCACCAUGUGAUCCUGUUACUGGUGAAUGUGUUUGCGGGCCGGGUUACGAAGGACCAAAAUGUUCGCGUCGCUGCCGUUCGGGUUUCUAUGGAGCGAAUUGCUCCCUCGAGUGUUCGUGCUCACCUCACUCGCGUGGAUGCCAUCACGUCACCGGACAGUGCAUAUGCGAGACUACUUGGCGAGGUCUCACUAGGAAGAUAAUUUUAGGUGUGAGUUGCGAAACCCAAUGCCCCGAAGGCCGAUUCGGGGACCAAUGCAACGAGCGAUGUUCGUGUGCCAACAAUUCCUCGUGUGACGCGUCAACCGGGAGAUGCGUGUGCGCAGCCGGUUGGCAAGGAGAUUCCUGUGACCAGCCCUGUCCGCCCGGACGUUAUGGCGUUGGUUGUGCCCAAUUGUGUCCUAUGCAACAGGAUGGCAACAUAACAUGCGAUCCCGUGACGGGCAAGUAUACGUGUCCCAGCGGGUUUACGGGCGUGGCGUGCGAGUAUCCGUGUCCGCUUGGAACGUACGGCCAAAACUGCGAACAGAAAUGUAUAUGCAAAAAUGGGGCAGACUGUCAUCACGCUACAGGUGAGUGCCAAUGCCUUCCCGGCUGGCAAGGGCCCACGUGUGCCCAGGCUUGUGGGGCUGGGGCGUGGGGCGCAGGCUGCACUCAGCCGUGUCGCUGCGCAAGAGGCGCUGCCUGCAGGCCCAACGAUGGCUUUUGCCGGUGCCCUCCUGGCUUUACUGGAGCCCUUUGUACGCAGUUCUGUCCCGAGGGUUAUUUCGGUGACCACUGUAUGGAGCCAUGCAAUUGCUCGUCUGAAGGCAACUGGGUGUGCGACCCCGUGCACGGGUGCAUCUGCCACCGAGGGUACAUUGGGGACAAUUGCGACAUACAGGCCAGUGACGCUAUCAAGAUUGAACAUAGUGAGGAAGGCUCAAACAGUGGUGCAAUUGCUGCGAUGGUGGUAGUGUCGCUGCUGUGCGUGGGUGGGAUUGCUUUAGUGCUGCUGUACUAUCGGAAACGGGUGAGGUUGCUCAAGAGAGAGAUCGCUCAUGUGCACUAUACAGCUGAUCCUAAUGUGCAGCCAGAACAACAGCACUUCGAUAACCCGGUGUAUUCGUAUAAUAACUCAACGCGUAGUGACGAUUCCACGACCUUACUCAACAAUACAAUCAUAAAUAACUUGGGGCCAGCGAAGCUGACCAACACCACCAUGGAGAAACUUCGUAUGACGGCUUCUGGGUCCAAUGGAACAUACGACACUAUGUCCCUCAAGAACAAAGACGCCGAUGCGACCAACCCCAACUUGUACCAUUGUAUAGAGGAUGACAAGUUGGACCACGUCUAUGAUGAGAUCAAGCAUAAAGAGGGUUAUGAGAGGGAAUACGACCACUUAAACUACACACCACCCUCGAACACCUUGAAGGCGCAUUACCAACGUAUGAACAACACUUUAACACCUCAACCAGCCCCUACCCCAAUUUUGCCCCCUAACCCCAAUGUCCAAAUACCACCAAUACCACCUCUACCCAAAGCGCAUAUAACCCCGAUUCCCCUGCGACGGGAAGAUGUCGAAGCCCCCCCUCCUCCAAAAAGGGAUGAUCAGUUCAGCGAUGACGAAGAAGCCACUAGUUAGAUGUGUUGUUAAACGGCGUUUUAACCAUCUUCAUAACUUGAGUUUUUUACCGGGAAUCAAACCCAAUGAAACAUACAGAAUUGUGUUUAUGUUGGCUAUUUGCCUAUUUCGAGUACAAAAUUGUCGAUGGUUUCGUCAAUUGUACGUGUAGCACCUAGAUGCGUACGUACUUUCGUACGUGGAACGUUUUCCAUACAUUUGGUAUAACAGAAAUAAUUCGUGGUCUGUCAAACACAUUUAAACUUCUGUCUAUUGUAAAAUAAACCUUAACACAAAACAAUAAUGACGACAUUACAUUGAUAACUCUAACUUUUAAGAAUCUUGUGUCAUCUAUUGUAUAUAUUUUCUCAAUUUGUUUAAUUAUCGCCUAUUAAUAAAAAUUAUUUUUAUGAAAUUUUUGACAUCGAUAUUUUGAUAACAUUUUUGUAAGUAGUGUUCAUAUCUAAGAUCUCGCGUAAUGUUACAUUAGUUAUAGGGUUCAAAAAUAUAUUCCCUUGUACUAAAGUGUACUUGCUCUUAACUAGUAUUUUCGUCUCCUUCUGCCGUAUUGUCUUUACGCUGCGCUGAAAAGAGACAGAUGGAUACUUGCUGUUUUAGUAUAAUUAAUGGGGAUAGAGUUUGAAAAAGUAUUUGACGAUGUCAGCAUAUUUUCAUUGGUCUAAAAAGAAUAACAAUUUUAUCAUGUGUUACUGAAUCUAACUCUAUU